AUGUCGACCUCAGUGCCCCAGGCCGUCCAGGCCAAGGCCUUCCCGGAUGGCACGACCGACUAUAAGUCGCUGCGGAACAACGGCGCCAAUGAGAAGAAGGUGCACAUUGCAGAUACGCCCAUGACCUGGUCCAACCUGUACAAGCACAUCGACUGGCUCAACACCCUCUUCAUCGUCAUUGUGCCCAUCCUUGGAUUCGUCUCGACAUACUGGGUGCCUCUGCAAUGGAAGACAGCUGUCUUCUCGAUCAUUUACUACUUCAACACCGGCCUCGGUAUCACAGCGGGCUACCACCGUCUCUGGUCUCACACAUCAUACAAGGCCACGCUGCCUCUCAAGAUCUACCUCGCCGCCAUGGGUGCUGGCGCCGUCGAGGGCUCUAUCCGCUGGUGGUCAAGGGGUCACCGUGCUCACCACCGCUACACCGACACCGAGAAAGACCCCUACUCGGUCCGCAAGGGUCUCCUUUACUCCCACCUCGGCUGGAUGGUCUUCAAGCAGAACCCCAAGCGCGCAGGCCGCACCGACAUCACCGACCUGAACGAGGACCCGGUCGUUGUGUGGCAGCACGUCAACUUCCUCAAGUGCGUCGUGGCCAUGGGCCUCGUCUUCCCCACGCUCGUCUGCGGCCUUGGCUGGGGCGACUGGCUCGGCGGCUACGUCUACGCCGGCAUCCUCCGCAUCUGCUUCGUCCAGCAGGCCACCUUUUGCGUCAACUCGCUCGCCCACUGGCUCGGCGACCAACCAUUUGACGACCGCAACUCGCCCCGCGACCACGUCAUCACCGCCCUUGUCACCCUCGGCGAGGGCUACCACAACUUCCACCACGAGUUCCCCUCGGACUACCGCAACGCCAUCGAGUGGUGGCAGUACGACCCCACAAAGUGGGCCAUCUGCCUCUGGAAGAAGCUCGGCCUCGCCUACGACCUCAAGGAGUUCCGCGCCAACGAGAUUGAAAAGGGCCGCGUCCAGCAGAUGCAGAAGAAGCUCGACCAGAAGCGCUCCCGCCUCGACUGGGGCACACCGCUCGAGCAGCUGCCCGUCGUGGCCUGGGACGACUUUGUCGAUCAGGCUAAGAACGGCAAGGCCCUCACCGUCAUCGCCGGCGUCAUCCACGACGUCGGCGACUUUAUCAAGGACCAUCCCGGUGGCAAGGCCCUCAUCUCCUCCGCCAUUGGUAAGGACGCCACCGCCACCUUCAACGGUGGCGUCUACGAUCACUCCAAUGCCGCUCAUAACCUGCUCUCCACCAUGCGCGUCGGUGUCCUCCGUGGCGGCUGUGAGGUCGAGAUCUGGAAGCGCGCCCAGGCCGAGAACAAGGAUGCUACCUACGUCAAGGACUCGACCGGCCAGCGCAUCUAUCGCGCCGGCAAUCAGGUCACCAAGGUUGUCCAGCCUCCCAGCACUGCGGACGCGGCCUGA